AUGGUUAAUUAAACAGCAUUCUUAUUUUAAGAUGCCUCAACUUUAAGAAUUAAUGCAUUAUAAGUGCUUGCUGAAAUAUCGAAGCAAUCAAAUAAAUAAAAAUUGAGUAUUCUUUAAAACAGUCCUUAAAUAUUGUUAUAAUUAUUAGAAGUUUUGGAACAUCAUAUAACUUAUAAUACAAUAAACAAUUGCAUUCGUUUAGAAGCAUCAUUAAUCUUGAAAAAUCUAUUUUCUAUUACGAAUUGCUAAAUAAUGAAUGAUGUUCAUUUAAAUAAAAUACCUAUUAAUCUCUUAGAGUUAAUGAAAUUAGAAGGUAUAUAUUAUUAUAAUAAUUAAUAUUUAGAGCAUUAAAAAGUACUUUACCAUCAAAUUGAAGCUUUAUACUAUAUUUGUGACUAAAGUUCUUUGGAAGAAUGCAUUGAAAUUUAUGAUAAUGGAUUAUUAAGUUUUAUAGUUUCUAAUUUUUAGGAUAUCAAAGAUACACAGAAUUUUGUUUUAUCUAAAUCUUUAUUAAAAUGUAAUUAAUAUAUUUAUAUUCUUAGUAACUUAUGCUAUUUUAAAACAUAGUUAAUAUGAGUAAAAACUUAGCGAUUAUUUUAAAUAAUAUAAUUUACAAUAAUGUCUAAAUGAAAUAAUUAUAACUUGUAAAAAUUAGAAAAUUAUAAAAAGAACAAUCAAAAUCUUAAAUUAUUUUAAUAUUUGA